AUGGGAAUCUCUGGUGCAGGUGGUGGGGGCUGGAAGGGAUCUGAGGUGUCCAGGCACAUCCAGAGAUCCCUCGGGAAGCGCUGGAGGGGCAGGAAGGAGCCGCCCGAGCCCCGGAACGCGUCCCUGGCCAACAGCGAGGAGCAUCCCAAGCUCCCGGAGUCUCCCGAGCUGCGGAUCACGGACCCCCGGCGCACCUGGAUCUCCUUCGUGCACCGCCCCGACGAUGGCAGCAAUUCCAAGAGGAGAUGCAAAGGGAAAGACAAGAAAUUGCGAGGCCUGGUGGGGCCGCCAGGACCUCCUGGGCCUCAGGGACCUCCGGGAGCCCCCGGGGCUGAAGUCACCAGGGAAGUUCUUCUGCAGGAGUUCAAGGAGAUCCUAAAAGAAGCCAUGGAGCAGAGAGCCUCCCUGGCCGUUCCAUCCCGUGCCAGCCCGCUGCCGGCCCUGGAGCAGCUGCCGGCCCUGGAGCAGCUGCCGUGGCACCGGCGCGUGGAGCAGGCGUUCCACUGCAAGCUCAAGGGCCACGUGGUGGUGGACAAGAAGACCUUGGUGGAACUGCAGAAUUUCCAGUCGCCCCUGGCCAAGGGCGCCUUCCUGCGGGGCUCGGGACUGAACGCGGCCACCGGGCGUUUCACUGCCCCCGUGGGUGGCAUCUACCAGUUCUCGGCCAACAUCCACAUCGACCACAGCGAGCUGAAGAGCAAAGUGCAGCUCCGAGCCAGGGACAAUGUGCGGGUGCUGAUCUGCAUCGAGUCCCUGUGCCACAGAUACACGUCCUUGGAAGUCAUUGCUGGGCUGGAAAGCAACAGCAAAAUCUUCACUAUUUAUGUCCAUGGGUUGCUGCAGCUGCAGGCCGGGCAGUACACCUCCAUCUUCGUGGACAACGGCGCCGGGGCUCCCAUCACCAUCCAGAACGGAUCUGAUUUCAUGGGAAUGCUGAUGGGAGCCUAGCAGAUUUGGGGAAUUCCCAAAAUCCUGGAGUUUGGACUGAAACCCCCCCCCACCCUUUGACCUUGA